ACUGUGAGUAUGACUGACUGACUGGAGAAGAUAACCAGGGACAGCUUAAUUGCUCACAUGGCGUGACUGAUUUGUCUUUGGGUUCUCGUCAGUCACAUAUUGUCGCUGUCAUUGCUGUAAAAUAAACUUCUUUUCUGGCGUCAAUUGAACUCUUCUUGUUGCUAUCAUCGUUGUUUGUCUUCCCGUCUGGUCCCUGUCAAUCCCGUCCCGUUCGUCCCAGCGAAUCCACUUAAUUUACGUUUGUCUAAUCUGGGGAAGUGACUCCGUCUUCCACCACCUAAUCUUUGCAGUGUUAUCUACCUACCCUUUCCCUCACCCGGCAAGCCUCUUUUUCCUUUCUUGCACCUCUUUCUCCCAUCCGGCCUCCUUCUCCGUCCGCCCGUCCGUCACCAUGGCCUUCCGCACCGCCCUCCGCCGGGUCGCCGCCGUCAACGCGGCGCCUGCCACCCGCCUCGCCGGCGCCGGUGCCGGUGCUGCUGCUGCCCGCCGCUCCUAUGCCACCGCCUCUCAGCUCACCCACCCCGACCCGACCGAGGAUUCGCCCAGCGGCAAGAUGGUCCGCGAGCACGUCCCCUACAUGGUGACCACCUACUCUCGCCCUCCUCCCGUCUUCGUCAAGGGCAAGGGCUCUUACCUUUGGGACUUGGAGGACCGCAAGUACCUCGACUUCACGUCGGGUAUUGCUGUUAACUCGCUCGGUCACUGUGAUGAGGAGUUUUCCAAGAUCAUUGCUGAGCAGGCCCAGGAACUCGUCCACGCCUCCAACCUCUACUACAACCCUUGGACCGGCGCGCUCUCCAAGCUCCUCGUCGAAUCCACAAAGGCCUCGGGCGGCAUGCACGACGCCUCCUCCGUCUUCGUCUGCAACUCCGGGUCCGAAGCCAACGAAGCCGGUAUCAAGUUCGCCCGUAAAGUCGGCAAGGUGCUCGACCCCUCCGGUUCCAAAGUCGAAAUUGUCUGCUUCCAAAACGCCUUCCACGGCCGCACCAUGGGUUCCCUCUCCGCCACGCCCAACCCCAAGUACCAGGCCCCCUUUGCGCCCAUGGUCCCCGGCUUCAAAGUAGGCACCUACAACGACAUUGCCGCUAUCCCCUCUUUGGUCACCGAAAAGACCUGCUCCGUCAUCGUCGAGCCCAUCCAGGGUGAGGGAGGCGUGAUGCCCGCCACUGAGGAAUUCCUCGUGGCGCUGGGUAAGCGCUGCCGCGAGGUGGGCGCGCUGCUCCACUACGACGAGAUUCAGUGCGGUUUGGCCCGCACGGGAACCUUCUGGGCGCACUCUUCCUUGCCCAAGGAAGCUCACCCCGAUAUCUUGACGACCGCCAAGGCCAUCGGCAACGGCUUCCCUAUCGCCGCUACGAUCGUCAACGAGCACGUCGCUUCCAAGAUCAAGGUUGGCGACCACGGUACUACCUUUGGCGGUAACCCGCUUGCAUGCAGACUGGCGCAUUACAUUGUUGGCAGGCUGGCCGAUAAGCAAUUGCAGGAGGGAGUCAAGGCAAAGAGCGAGGUUUUCCUGCGAGGGUUUGAGAAGCUCAGGAACAAGUUCCCGAGCUUGGUCAAGGAGGUUAGGGGCAAGGGACUUAUCUUGGGGCUGCAGUUGAGUGAGGAUCCUACCCCCGUGAUCAAGGCUGCGAGGGAGAGGGGACUGUUGGUCAUUACCGCGGGAACGAACACCCUCAGGUUUGUGCCUAGUUUGUUGGUGACGGAGGGAGAGAUUGAGGAGGGGUUGAAGAUUUUGGAGGAGAGCUUUGAGGCUGUUAUGGUUAAGGCUUAACUUUAGGUUUCGGAGGGUUGCUGGACUUGGAAUUGUUUAAUGAAUGUUUGAGCGGAUUCGUUUACAUAGAUGGAUGGAUGGAUGUGUCUACGCUACUUUGGAGGGGUAAAACAUAAAAAGGCUUGGGAUGGUGUACGGUUGACGGGGUUUCUUUUGCAAAAUGGCAUGGCAAAAAAAAGUUCAAAUCCUUUCACUUUCCU